AUGACGUCCCCCUCAUCUACGACAUCUUCUCCAAAUCCGACCAACUCAGACCACAGUGGAAGUGACAGUGGCUCCGGCCCUACAAGUUCACCUCUGUUAUUCUUCGUGGCGCUUGGAUUCGGAGUUGUGUUCACUAAUCUCUGGAUCAUUGUUGGAGUGAAAUAUUGUUUUCGCUACAAUCAACGCAAUCGCCAGCUACGCAAUGAAGAGACCGGCGAACCUAUAGAUUUGGUGGCCAUACCUAGGCCGCACAGGCGAAGAAGGGAGAAAAAGUUAAUGACAAUGGAUGAAGUUAAUGAACGGUUCCCAUUAAUCAAGUACAAAGCAUGGAGGUCCUCGCGCGCCGAUGAUGGCCUUCCAACAGCAGGUGGUAUAUCGGCAUGGAGUAACACAUCUCAGAGUUUGAAGGAAGGUGAUGUUAAAUUAUCAGUCACUGCGGGUGUGCCAUGCUCGGAGCUUAACCCGGAAGAGAGUCGCCACGAUUUGUCCGCUUCGCAGUCUGCCCUUGCAAAGUUCACGGAGUUCAAACAGCCUCGCCUAGAAGACAAAACAGAAAGAGACCUGCAACCUACGAGGCAGGAAAUUUCCGAUCCCAGUACAGGACCGAAUAUCAUCAAUGCAGAGGCACCAGGGUAUGAAAAUGGUUCAGAAUGCCAUGGCCAUGACAUAGAGAACCAAAUUUGCACUUCAGCGCCCAUCGAGCUAUUACAUGACCCCGGCGACUCAUGUGCGAUUUGCCUUGACGUGAUUGAGGAUGACGAUGACAUACGUGGGCUGACGUGCGGGCAUGCUUUUCACGCCUCCUGUGUUGAUCCGUGGUUGACUUGUCGCAAGGCUUGCUGCCCUUUGUGCAAGGCUGAUUACUAUAUCCCCAAAUCCCGCUCUGAUCCUUCUACUCCGACAACAAAUACAGAGCGUGUAGAUCGCCGUACUGCUGGUCGGGUACCGGCUCUCAACCCACCGGAGGCUGUGUUUAUAGGGGGGCGCGUGGGUGCUAGCCGGGCUAGGGGCCCAUUGGCGAAUCGGCAUCAAUCACCUGGGAGGACUAAUCAAUCUCGCUCGGCAGUAUGGCCCUUUCGGCGUUGGCAAGAUUCACAUACUCGGGGUGCCGCGGUGCCGCUCGAAACACAGGCAAACCAUCAGGGGCAGCGAGGCUGGAGACCGAGGCUGUUUUUCCCUCGUUCAUUUCAAUUCCCCACCUUUUCAACUAAUCGAAGAAAUGGCUCAAGAGAGGAUCACACGCCGGACGAACUAGAAUCUGGCACCGUUGGCCAUACCGUAUCUUAG